GCCCGUCUGGCGGCAUAUUACUGCUACAUUAUCUACUUUAAGAGUGGAAAUAUCAUUUGUUUGCCGUGGUGAACAAGCUUAAUGUCGCGAAGGAGCUAUAACAGCCUUGCAAGUAGGAGACGAAUAUCACGAUUUGUCGCCGACGACGAUGUCUUUACUUAUGCUCUCCGAGUAUCUUUCCUAAGCUAUCUCAUGCAGCCUAAGGCUGUCGAUACGAACGCAACGCCAGAUACAGAAACACGGGAAAGAGAACAUACGACCACGCGUAUAUCAGAUGCUAUCUCUAAUUCCAUCUUUUCUAUCGGUGAUCUCUUCAAGGACGUCACCCGGGAUGGCCACAAGAGCGUCAAGUUCCCCGAGAAGUUACUGAAGGUCCUGGAGACCAGGCUAGCAAGCAUUGCAAUGGGAAAAGAUUCUGCCUAUUCUGACCAACUCAUUCGACGCACAUUCGCCGCAUUUUAUGGCACAUCCACUACAGAUCAGUUCCGACGGCAGAUGAAAGAGAACCGCAAGAUUGAAGAACUCAUCCUCAUGUUUGCUACAACUGCAACAGGGGUGCUCAAACGCGACCUCUCGCUAGCGGGUGAUACGUGGAAGCUCGAGCUAAAUAAACAUAUUGGCAUGUUCGUGCGAAUGCUUCGCGAAUGUCUCCGGACUGUCGGCCACGUAUCUCAAGAACUUACCGCACGCCUUGACAUGUAUGCUGCGAAGUUGGCACCGUCUCCCACACCAACAGACUCUGGUUACGACACUGCAUCAACAACGAGCAGGCGGAACGAAUCAGUCUCUUCAACCCCGAAUCUCGGGCUGAGCAUGAACGUCAUGGACAUGGACAUGGUGAAAUCCGUUGCCAGCCUAUUUGGCUCCUCAUUACAGGAUGUGCAAAGGGAGAUCUACCAAAUGAAGCACUUCUGCACGGAGAAAGCAGCCAUGCUCGAUCUUAAGACUUGCCUGAAAAACCUCAAUGCUGGAGAGGCAUUCCCCGGUCGACGUGAAGACUUUGAAACCGAUGAAGCAUGGAAUCACUGGCGAACGACUGAGCUUUCACAAUUGCAGCAACUCAUGGUCAUUAUGGUUCAAUUCAACCCAGAACUCGCAAAGUCCGCACCAUCUGAAGCACUGCCUUCCAUGACACCGACAGGCGCACGCCCAGGCUCUGUCUAUUCCGCAUCCCCGGCUGGCCCGUCGUCGCGACAUGGAUCCAUCAGCAGUCGACGCUCUGUCGCGCUCGUUGGCAGCGGCGCCGGUUCACUUGACCUCGUUGCCGAGCAGAUUGAUGGUGACGACGAGAUAGAAGCUGGCGGUAAUUUCACUUACAUUCCACCAAAUCCGAAACGCUACUACAGACGCCUGCUCGAGCUGUGUAUCGAAUCCGAUCUCGACGCAAUGGCCAACUUGCCGGAAGAUCAAGAGGUCUCGCUUGGUAUCUUAUCACCAAAGCAUAUCGAUUUGAUCAAUGAAUGCGCUCUGAGAUGGCGAAUAGGCCAAUCUUAUCGUGUUGCAUGCUUCAUGGACGUCAUCAAGGCCAAGUAUGAGCGUGGGGAGGUGCCACUGGAGUGCAUCCCAGAAGGGUUGCAGAUGAUCUUAAAGGCGAUGCAUGACAUUGACAUAGGGCUAUGGCCGAAGGCAGAUUUGGAUUAUCUUGCCGAAGUGGCUGAAGGCCUUUUCAACAUCUUCAUUGCCGCCAUUUAUCACACACUGGAUGUGCUCCUGGGGCUCAAACCCUCCGAAAUUGCCCCAUACCUCAACAUACUCGAUACAUUACAGGAAUCUGGGCUUCUCGCUCUAUCUAACGUUGAUGUAGCUGCGCAAGCAGAGCCAUUACGCGAAAAGGUCCGAGAAGUUGCAGAGCAAGCAUACCUUGAGAAAUCGAAGGAACUUUUCUCUGCGCCCGGAGUGAAUCGUGCUCUGCCGUUGCUGCUCACUACAGACACUCUCGAGAAAAAUGCCAAACUGCUUGACAAGAGAUUCCCGGAGCCGCUUAUCGGACAUAUCGACAUCGUCGGACUUGUGACAGAGGUACAAGUACCGAUGUUCCUCGGUGAUCUCGAAGCGAACCGCAAACGACUGCUCGAGUCUUCGACUAACGGUCCGACUCCUGAUGUACCAAUCGAGGAUAUCUUCACUCUGUUCCGAAGGGCGAAGAUGAUCCUAGAGAUGCAUCAAGCAUUCUGCCCGAACGCACAAUUGAGAUUCGAUCUUGUGUCAUUCUUCGAACCCUAUGUGCAACAAUGGCUUCUCACCGUUGAUAAUAAGACCUUACAAUGGGUACAAGGCGCAAUUGCGGCCGACAAGUUCGAAGCGUCCGACGCCGGCGGACAUAGUUCAUCUAUUGUCGACCUCUUUGACUCCAUUCGCAGCCCAAUUGACUUCCUGAAGGACCUAGAGUGGAUCGACGAGUACCAAGAAGCUCGAUUCUUCACAACAUUGUCCAAGACCAUCAGCAAAGCCAUCGAACAAUACUGCAGAAACGUCGAAGAGCUGUUCAUGACCGAGAUGUUCCCGCGUCCAAGCGAACACCUCCAACCGCAAAAGCAAUCGGCCUGGCUCGAGCGUGCGAGACAACUAGCUCAACUAACGGGAGAGAAGAAAGUCAUUCCAUUCAACUUCCAACCAACGUCUUGCGUCAAGCUUAAUAAUAUAGACGCUGCACGUCGCCUCUUGGACGGCAUUUACUCACAUAUUGAUGCUGACCGUAUCACCGAGACGUUGCAGCGUCUUCCGCCGCCGGUACCGGACAAGGAAGAGCGACCUCGUUUCCUGUUCACUAUAAAAAUCGUAAUUGCUGAGGGCUUGAUACCACUUGAUAGCAGUCCGUCGUCGAAGCUAGAUACGUUCGUGACGCUCAGCGAUGAGAACGGGAACAGACUGGCGAAGACGCGGACGAUUUACGAGACACUGAAUCCUCGAUGGGAUGAAACUUUCGACAUAUCCGUUGAGAAGCCGUUAUGGCUUAUGAUUAGCGUCCGUGAUCGCGCACUCAUUGGGAAACACGACACCGUCGGUCGCGCGUACCUCUGCUUGGAUCCUCGACGCUUCGGUGACUUCCUCGCCCACGAUCUAUGGCAUGAUCUCGACUCAGCUGGACGAAUCCUCCUUCGUAUCAGCAUGGAAGGCGAGAAAGAUGAUAUCCAAUUCUACUUUGGCCGAGCUUUCCGUUCGCUCAAGCGUUGCGAGGGCGACAUGGUCCGGAUUUUCAUCGACAAGAUGUCACCCUUCAUCUCGCAGUCGCUGUCACGAGCCGUGCUAAAGAGUCUCGUCAAGACCGGGACUGGCCUAGACUACACCAAAGCACUCGAAAAUGUAUCUGCGCUCUACCGAAGCGCACUAGGUCCAAGUGCAAGCGAAGUGCAGAUUCCUCUCCCACAAUCCGAGAAACCAAGAAUCAAGCCAGAACAAUUAACGGACUACGAAAUCGAGCAGGCCAUUACGCCACUCUUUGACUAUCUUGAGGGGAACCUGCAGACCCUAAACACGUACCUAUCUGAGGAGACGAAAGAGAUGGUGAUGACACGUCUGUGGAAGGAGAUACUGGCAGUGAUUGAGCGCUUGCUCGUACCACCAUUGUCGGACGUACCAAGCGAUAUGAAGCCACUCUCAGACAAGGAGGUCGAUAUUGUUUUCAAAUGGCUCAAGUUCCUGAGGGACUUCUUCUAUAUCGGUGGGGAAGGCAUACCACUAGAAACGCUACAGAACCAGAAAUACCGUGAUGUUGUCUCAAUCCGGCUUUACUACGACUGGAGCACCGACGCGCUGAUGGAGGAAUGUGUUCGGAUGCAACAACAACAAAUGCAGAGGGCGCCGACGGUGAAGAAGCGCGCUAAAACGGUGUAUUCUCAGCGGAACCUUGGUACAAUCAAGGAUAGGAAACGGGAAAAGCGUGAGCAGGGGGAGGUGACGAAUGGCGAGAUCAUUAUGCGGAUCUUGCGUAUGCGGCCGGGAACAAGCGAGUUUAUCGGGCAGCAGAUGCAGAUCAUGGCAAGAAUGCAGGCUGAGCAGGAGAAGCGGGUGCAGGAGCGGAAUCGAAGGGACCUAGGAAGGCCGAGGCAACUGCAGCAUCAGCAACUCGAUAUCCCACCCGUUCCUGCUCUGCCCUCGUAAUGGUCCGACCUCUUGAGCCUUUUCUUUUCUUUUUACCAUCCGUUUUGUAUUUGCUUCCGACCGAACAUUUGGAUGAUGAUACCUUAUUUUGAGAUCCGUUACCCUCCCAUGUCGAUACUUACCUGUAAUUUGACUUGAUACUCUCACGCUAUGUAGUCCGGUUGUAAGUUCCUCUCUC